GCUUGCUCAGCGAUGUCAACAAUUGCUCUAUGACGUCGAGGCUAAUUCUGCCAGAACAUUAUGUUAAAGAAAUUAGACCGCCGUCGGAUGCACCUGUAGUGGUAAACUUCAACAUUUUAGUGGUUGACAUUAAUUCUAUCAACGUUGAAGACAUGGACUUUCGUGUAGACAUGUUCGUCAGUCAAAGUUGGAUAGAAUCUCGACUGAAUAUGCCUGAAGAUAUUUUCGAGGAAGACGACGAUUAUGUCAUACUUCCCCUGGAAUUUUUCGAUAAUCUUUGGCAACCGGAUCCAUAUUUUUUAAAUUCAAAAGUUUCCGAGAUUGCGACUUUAAAUCAUAAAUUCUCGUUGGUCACGUUAUACCGGAAUAAAACUAUUAAAUAUUCUGCCCGAAUUAACGCUAUCGUUGCCUGUCAAAUGGAAUUUCAAUUGUACCCGAUGGAUAUUCAAAUCUGUCCAAUUUACAUAGAAAGCUUUUCCUACAAUAGAAAAAAGUUGCGUUUAAAGUGGGGCACGGGCGGUGUUACGGUAAAUCCUGAAUUGAAGCUUUUGCAAUACGAUAUUGGGAAGCCCGCAGUAUCUGAAGAAAUUAUAGAUUAUAUGCUCGAGAAAAAUGGAAAUUUCUCCCGGUUGGUAGUCUUCUUUCGCUUCGAGAGGCAGAUCGGCCACCACUUGAUACAAACGUUCACACCGUCAACUCUGGUCGUGAUGCUUUCCUGGUUCAGCUUCUGGUUGGACUUGGAUGCAAUUCCUGGUCGAGUGGCUCUUCUGGUGACGAGUAUGCUUACAUUGGUAACGAUGUUCACCGGUCUUAAAAGCGAUAUUCCGCCAGUGGCGUAUAUCAAGGCUUUAGACGUGUGGAUGGCUGGCUGUAUGAUGUUUGUGUUCGCAGCCUUAGGAGAAUUUGUUGUAGUCAAAGUGCUCGACUUGCGACACAUUAAAGAUGAUUCGCAAAGUUUCACGGAUUCUCGCUCGCGAUUAAUGGCGAUGGUGAAGAGACAGAGCAUUUGGAAUGAAGAAUUCGUUUAUGCAACCAAACCGAAGAAGCGUACCAAUCAUCUACUGCCAAUUCUACGGCUGGAUCCCGAAUGCCAGAUAGUACAAAUGAGUAAAACACGUUCUCAAAAAAUAGAUUUCUACAGCAGAAUUAUGUUUCCUAUACUCUUCUUACUUUUCAUCGUUCUAUAUUGGCCAAUAGUAUAUUGCUCAAAAGUGUAAUAAAAUAAUACGAAUUUUGUGGAAUCAGUAUUAGCAUUCCGUAUA